UAUCCUCAAUGAGGAGCUCCCGGCUCAUAGCCUGUAACAGCCCUGAGAAAGCAAGACAGUCCGAUUGAAGGAGGCAAAAGUAUAGGCAAGGGAGCUGUUCUCUCGCACACUGGAUUACUGGUUGAAGGCUACAGCACUCAUAUCGUAGAUGAAAGAAGGGACUAGCUAUCAGGACCAGAAUCAAAUCAUGGAGAAUCAAAUCGCUCGUUGCAAGAUUGUUGUGGUCGGGGAUUCACAAUGUGGAAAAACUACUUUAUUACAUGUAUUUGCUAAAGAUUGUUACCCCGAGAAUUAUGUCCCCACCGUGUUUGAGAAUUACACGGCGAGUUUCGAAAUUGACAAGCAAAGAAUCGAACUGAAUAUGUGGGAUACUUCAGGAUCAGCAUAUUAUGACAAUGUUCGCCCACUGGCCUACCCUGACUCAGAUGCCGUGCUAAUCUGUUUUGACAUCAGUCGUCCGGAGACUCUAGAUAGCGUUUUAAAGAAGUGGCAAAGUGAGACCCAAGAGUUCUGUCCCAACGCUAAAGUGCUGGUGGUUGGGUGUAAGAUCGACAUGAGGACAGAUCUGAAUGUGCUGAGGGAACUUUCAAAGCAGAGGCUUAUUCCAGUUACACAUGAACAGGGCAGCACAGUGGCUCGGCAAAUAGGAGCAACGGCCUACGUGGAAUGUUCAUCUAAAGUUUCUGAAAAUAGUGUCCGUGAUGUAUUUCACGUUACAACCCUGGCUUCAGUAAAUAAGAUGCAAAAAAAUCUGAAACGCAGCAAUUCCAAGCGAGGAUUAAAGAGGGUAUCGCAAAUGCCUGGAAGGACUGACUUACUGGAUGACUCCGAGAUCAGAAAGGACCGUGCUAAAAGUUGCUCAGUAAUGUGAAGAAUGGACUUAUAGUUAUUUGUAUUUAUUGUGCAUUUUGUACAGUAACUGGCACAGAAGCAACAGGAUUGCUGCCUAGUCCAAGGUCGGUAUCCAAGGCUUUUCCUUCAGCCUAGGCCUCAAAACUGGCUAUUUCUGAAUCCAGAGAGCUGUUGCUUAUUUAUGAGGCUUUCAGAUUGACUGUUGCUGUGUUGGCUUCUUGUGGAAAGAAAUUAAUGAAGAGGAAGACUAACCAAGUGUUUGAAUGUUUGUGAAACUGUGUUGCUAAGGGAGAUGUGGGCUGUUUGUUUGUAUUGAGAGCUGGAUUUCUACAGGGACUGUGGGAACGAUUGAUGGCAGUGAUAGUUUUUGUGUUGUGUAGUAAAAAUCUAUAACAGUCACUUUGGGUAUUGCCUUUUAAAACAAACUCUAUUGAACUCUAACAAAUAUACACCAAAUAUAAUAUCCUGCUUCUUUCAUUAUCUUCAGAAUUGUAGCAUUACAUCAUUAUUUCUAUUGAACUUUCAUGGACUCUAAUAGAGACGUCUGUGCAUACUUAUCAUUCUAAUCUAUUAGGAGACUUCACAUUCCUCAAAAUGAUAAAGAGCUUACAAAAAGGACUAAAAAUUCCCUCGUGUGCAACUGUGCCUUCAUCACCCAGUAAUGGCGGGUUUGCUGCUGAUCUUGUACCAGCCUACACUGAGGUACAGAAAAAUGACACUAUAUGUGGGGGCCUGUUCCUAGUGUUGCCUAAAGAAAGGCCCAGAAGCACACCUUUACAAAAAUAAAGUACUAAAUGUUUCUUUUUAAAUUAGUUCUCUUUUCAAGUGAGAUCAGGGUAGAUUUUCUGCAGCUGUGCAUCUCAUUAAAAAAAUUAGUGAUUGAAAUUUCUAUUCUAAAGGAGAUAUCAGCUGAACAGAUAAUCCUAGAUGUGACACAUUGGUCUUUCUCAAUCAUGUGUUCAGUACCACAAUUCAGACAGCGGAAAUACCUCAGAGUAUAUUGCAUUACUAAAUUAGUUUAGCUGCUCUCUGGACUGAUGACUUUGUCCCCUUGUCCAACACUUUGAGAGACUGGGGCUAAAGGUUGGAUUUGUAUCAGAGUCUGGCAUUUAUGAAUGGCCCUUUUGAAUACAAACCUCUAAGUGGCCAACGCAUUAUUUGUCAGAGUUAGCCUACGGGCAACUCCUAGCUAAAAUAGCUACGCUCCUGUAAUUUACCCACGGGCACUUCUGUAGCACAACUGUAACUGAAGGAAAAAUCAAAGGUGACCUUACAUGUAACCUAAGCUUCCUGUGACAGUCUUUGCUAGACUUGCUCCACUGGGAUGAAAUUGUGUGUGUUUUUCAUGGUGCGCUUGAGCUGAGUAUCGAACCACCUUGUCAUUCUCCCCAAGGGUACAUGGUGAGACAGAGCUGAUUGCAACUGCCACUGCUGAAAGUGGUCUGGUAUUAGACUACAUGGCUGUCAGGUCAGCUUCAACUGCUUCAAUAUUUUCAAUUUUUACGAUAAAUAACUCCAGUAUUUUGUAAAUCACGAAAGAUCUGGGUUAUCAAUUAGAAUCAUUAAAGAAUUCUUGUAGUAAUAUAAUACGCCCUGUCAUGUACAGGUGUCUACUUGGCAAGCAAUAUCCUAGGACCAGAAAUACAUUUUCAGCAUCACAACUGUUGAUUCACCAUAUACUGCAUGAUCGCAGAAAACUAUCAUUUAAUUAAAACAAAACACAUCUUCAAUAAAAUAACAAAUAGUUGAGUAUAUCCCACAUUUUCUCUUUUUAUUACAAAUAACUGGAAGUGAGUUACAACCUCGUUCUUACUAGAUUUGGCAAUGUUCUUCUCUUGUGGCCAAUGAUGCUGACUUAGGCUGGAAUAUGGUUCCACGUGCAUCACCAGCUCUUGAGUGCUUGAUCCAAAAUGCCCAUUCUUGCAUGUGAGCCUGAACAGUGGGAUUUGGCAAGCUGGCUGGAUGUGAGGGGCAUCACAAUGGGCCUGUUUCCUGUUUCCAGCCACACAGUCCAUCUUUCUGACAGUAACCACUAAAUCGUAAAUGGGAGGAGGAACCCUGACUGGCCUUCGACACCACCCCCUCCCCACCUCUAGUUUAUGCAGGAAAUCUAGCUUUGAUUUGCAUGACAUUCUCUAGCCAUUCCCAGGUAAUUUUUUUUCCAUGCUUGAAUAUCCCCUUUAGCACAAUGCUGUUUAUCCAGGGUGCAUGACAAUUCAUCUACACGUACAUUCCAUGGUAAUCGCUCAUUAUGAGCUUAUGAAAUAGUCACCUGUUGGCACUUGCACUGGGAAAACAGACCACGUCUACUUGUUAGAAUUGCUCUGUUAAAUUGGAGCACGUUUUAAAUGAAGAUAAAUAAAUGGGACUGAAAGCCCUUUCAGUAAGUAGGGUUUUCAGGUGAGGGCACCUGUGCCUAACACCUGCCCAUUCAAACAAAGACCAUUUUAAACAGGAGUGGAAAGGCUUUCCCAGGUAAAUGGAUGGGUCUUGCCACAAUGGGAUGAGUUAUCUUUGUAGUGACUGAAGUGAAAUCAUAAACCCAUUCCUAAAGAACAAGUUUAUGAUUCCGCUAGUCAAACUAGGCUCCACCACUCUCCCCCUCCCCCCAAAUCGCACCCCCCACCCCAAAGCUUGAAUUACUGUGGAAAUCUACUGGCAAACAUGUUACAGGAGUUAAGCCCUCAUGAAGAGCUUGAUGUCAUUAUGGCAAAAUAUCUUCAUUAAAUGUGAGGGAAACAAAAUCACAGUUACCUCACAGAAGUCACAUCUUGUGGUGGCUUUGUUGAUGUAGGUUACUUUGACCUUGUGCUACAUAUGAGUCAGACUAUACUCUUGAUCACAAGCAAGGUGCAUUUCAAAGCUCUGCUAUUUUGCAUCCAUUAUUGUUUGAAUUUUGCAGAACUACCACAGUGCCUGAAAUUCUGUCAUCGUUAAAGGUUUGGUCCACAUUGAAAGCUUCCCCUCUAGCCUAGUCUGGAGGCAUUGCUAAUCCAAAUCAGUUCAAAUGGGAAUGAAAUGGUUCUCAAAUGGAAGGGAUUCAAUUUGAGAGUCGUGUCCUUUCUGACGGUGUGCUCAGGCUUGAUUUAAUAAUGGGUCAGUCAAAGGCAAAAUUCCAUUUCUUCACUCCUCACUUACAGUAGCCAAUCGAUCUUAGCAUUAAUCUUUCAACAAAGUCUGAACUUUUGGGGGGGUAAAUUCCUCUUGUUCAUAUUUGUACAGUCUGUUCCUUUUAAUUCAAAGUCAUUUAUUCCAAAUGAUCUGACAAAUUGAUUUUUGUUUUAGUUCUAUGCUGUCACUUUGCUGCAAUAUUUACAUUACUUUAUUCAAAUUAACACACCUUUCAAUUUGUUUCACUGCCAAGAUAACUCGGUUCUUUGGAAUAUGUUUGCGUUCCACGGGUUUAACAUUAGUUUGAAGCCAAAACCACUUUUCACUGCUGCUGAACUUUAAGAGGGUAACUCAGGUGUGAAACAAGGCCUGAACUGACUCUGAAGCACAGUAUGUGAUCCAUCUUUCAGGUGGUUUUGCACAAUGCCAGUCAGGCUCUCACUCUGUUUUGAGGCUGUGUUGACACUAUUACUGCAGCAUCACUGUAAAAGUCUUUUUUGUGCAAAUGUACUGUUAGUGUAAAGGUCACGAGUACAAGAUGGGAUUCUUAUUUUGUAUCAGCACUGAUUUUUCCACUGAAGUCAUCAAUGAAAGGUUUACCCCUUUGUGCAUUGAAAUUUCACUGUGAGCUAUCAGCACAAAUUCAUUAAUGUCAUGUCUGUAAUUACACUGUCUGCUGUUUCAACAAGGAUGAUACACCAUUUAAAAUAAGCUCCUUAACACGUUGUUAAAAUAUCAGACAAAGAAAUUUCAUGCAAAUGUAUUAACACAUUUCUCACUGACAUUAGUCUACAUUCAAUGCAGUUAUUGUGAGGGUCUUUGGUCAGCCAGAUUCUCGCUAGUCACAAAUGCAAGCUCCAACCUGUGCUCGCAAUUUCUGCCCUUUAGUGUCCAUUCCAUUUCUGAAAACCUACCAGAAACAGACAAAUACUUGAGAUCAGACAACAAAUGAUGAUAUACUGGCACAGCUUCAAAGGCUUGAGUAUUUUCUGAAUUUGUUAGAAAUCCUUUCCAAUAUUCAUCAUAUUGUUUUCUCUAACUUAAAAUUCUGAUGAUGAAAGGAAAUAAUUUUAGGGGUGGAAAAUUGACAUGAAUCCAAAAGGCUCCCCAAAUGGGGCACAAAUUGUGAAUACUGGGGUGUCUAGUUUUGUUAUUGUAGAGGAGUGUGCCCUUGAAACCUCAAAUACCUGCCCAAAGCACCUACAGGCUAAAAUCAUGCUGUAAAAUCAUGUACGUUUGUAUGUACUUCUUUCCAGUUUCCUUUCUGCAACAUUACUGGUGCAGGAAAUAGAUUUUGAUCUCCACGUGAAUAAAUGGUAACUGAACCAAA